CACGUCAUCAUCCCAAACCUCGCUUCUCGCUCUUCAGCCUUCCUUCAUCAGCCAGCAGCAAACCGUUUCUUGAUCCUUUUUGAUCGCCGCUUUGUUCUCGCGUCUGGCUGUUUUGUUUGUUUACGGCGCUAGAUCUUGGUUGGCGACACUGAUAUUCACCGUCUGUAUUGUUUCCACAGCUACGUUUGAGUGAAAUAACUCUUCCGGAUUCAAAGUCAUCCAACGGCAAACAUCAGCUCAUCGUCAAACCACAAUGUCCUCCUCAGAUCCCCCCUCCGCGCCUUUCUCGCGGUCAGACUCUCUCAGACCAUACUACCACCGCCCAGAACUCGUUUUCCACAACGGGGUGCCCGACUUUGCCAUCUCCAAGCACGGCGGCGGCAGCGGCCUCGCGAACGGGUCCUACAGCUCGUCGACCCGCGCCGACGCGCUCCUCGCGGAUCUCGACUAUGCAGACUACCUCGAGUUUCCCAACACGACCGAAGUCGUGCGCAGCGUGACAGGCGCCGUGCUUAUGAGGUACUCGUCGACCUUUCUCGUACAGCCGUUCGAGGUCGCGAAGAUGGUGCUGCAGUGCGGCAAGUACGUCCGCGCACCAGGAUCGUCGUCUACGACGGCCAAGAAACCAACGAGCAGUAAACGAGGUCCGCGGGGACGGAUAGACGACAUCGACACGUUCGAGAUCGACAUUGACGACCAGGACGAAGACGAAGUUGACUACUUCUCCACGCCGGGAGACGUCAAAGGUCCGUCGGCAUCGAAACCCCGCCACCAACACAACCGCGCAAAUAGCGUAACCUCGUCUGCAUCAUCGGACGAGUCGAUCAACAGUACAGGCAGUCGAAAGAGAGCGUCGGCGAGGUUGCGGAAAACAUCGAUGCCGAUACCGGAGCUACAUCAGAUCACCGCGCACUCUCCGCACAUAACGGGUGCCAUGGGCGCCUUAUGGACUAAAGAUGGACCAUGGGGAAUUUGGAAGGGAUCCAAUGUGACGUUCGUGCAGAAUCUGGCAUUCAACACCAUUGAAUCGUGGAUGUCGGCCUUCUUCUCCGCCAUCAUCGGGAUCUCAGACCCCUCCAUUAUCGACGUCAUCGACAGCACGCACCCGCUCGUCGCCCUCUUUGCCUCCGUCACCGCAACGACAGUCACCGCCCUCCUCCUCUCCCCUCUCGACAUCGUCCGCACAAAACUGAUCCUCACCCCUCCCGACGCGCAGCCGCGCUCUGUCGUCACCUCUCUCCAGUGUCUCCCCUCGCUCACAUGUCCCCAGCAUCUCCUCCUUCCGACCGCCCUCCUCGCCGCCGUACCCAAGCUCAUCCGUCGCGGAACGCCCUACUUCCUCCGCAGCAGAUGGGGCAUCGAGCAAUACGGCUCCCCCGUCGCCUUCAGCCUCUUCUCCUUCCUCUCCGCCACCGCAGAGCUCUUCGUCAGACUCCCGCUCGAAACCGUCCUGCGCCGCGGCCAGCUCGCCUACGUUGGCGUGAAGAAAGCAAUCGUCGACAUAGGAGAGUACGAAGGUGUUCUGGGCACGAUGUGGAAUAUCCUCACAAACGAGGAUAACGGCGAAACGGGACUCGAUGGUCUGUGGAGGGGCUGGCGCGUGGGAAUGUUGAGUAUUUUGGGGACGUGGGGGAUUAAUCGGAUCAGAUCACGGUCAGACUACGCCGGUCGGGAAGAGCGAUUUUAAUUAUUCGACAAGUUUUGAAUCAUGUAUUUAGUGGCAGAUUUUCUGGUGUUUUGCUUUUCUUUUAUGUAAUGGUUAUGCAGCAAGUCUGCUGAUUUCUAAUCUCAACUACACAUCCUAAUAUCUCUUACUGUUUCAUUCUUAGGCCUAUACUAACGUCGUAGCGAAGUACUAUACAAAUCCUUCUAGUCAGUGUCCAUCUUAUCCUCGCUCUUAUCCGCCGGCUUCGCCUCCUCCUCUCCGCCCGCACUCGCACUCGCCUCCGCGGCCGGUU